CGUAUGUUUCACAUAAAACAGUAGCAACCAUGUCAUUUGUGGGAAGACGAUUAGAUUUUUAAGUUUAUAUGAUUAAAAAAAUUAUUAACACAAUGUGCCGUGUAAAUAUUAUGUAAUAUUAUGGCAAAUGUUUUUCCUGCCCAACUGAAAACAAACAACCGCAUUCAACGUUCCUGAUUCCAGUAAAAAUACAUUUCAGUGGCGUCACAUCUUCAUAUCAGUAAUCUGUCACAGUAGCGCAGAAACGUCAAAGUUACAAUGGUUGAAAAAUACAACAUCCACUGAAAACGAAAUUAGAAUAAUGUAUUGUCUACAAUGGCUCAUUCCAGUCCUUUUAAUACCAAAGCCAAUAAAUCCAGCCAUGGUGCAUACACAUGUUAUGUUCAUGGUUCUAUAUUUAAUUGGAUUCUUCCUGGAGCGAAAACCCUGCACAAUCUGCAGCUUAGUGUUUCUAGUGACUCUUCUGCUGAUAUGUUACAGUGGGGUUGGCAACUGCCUGUUUGGUCCACUGUUAUGUGAGAGUGAAAAUGGAUAACACUCAUCUGUUGUUAUAUUAUCAAAUUGCUGGCCAUAACAUCAUCAAAUUAGAAUUAUUUACUCACUCACAUCAUUGACUUAUGACAACCAACCAAUCAUUAACUUUUUUUGCAUAUUCAUGAAAAUUUAUAUAAUUAACUGAUAUAUUAUGUUUUGUUUAUUAUGAAGAUAUCAAUAGUUAUUAUUUUAGCAGUUUUAUGUUAAUCUGCCAGAGGACCAUGAGCAAGCCUGCAGGGAAUGAAUGAAAGGCCUGCAAACAUUUUCUUUAAACUUUGCAACUACCUAAAUACCAUGUUUACUAACUUAUUUAAUUCUUAUGAUGUACAUAUGUUUGUUGUUUUUUUACUUGUGUACUAAAUAUUGAAUAUUGAUACUUGUUAUAUUUGCUACUGAAUCAUUAUGUUAUUGUUGGACUAUCAAUGAAUGAAAUUAUUCAAGAUUUUUUUGUGAUUUGAUAUUGAACAUAGAAUUACAAACUUGCAGUACAAAUGAAACAAUGAAGGUUAAAAUAUGUAAGCA